AGCCCGCGCAGGGCGCCCCAGCUGUCUGCACCCUAAACUCAGACCCUCCAGCAUCUUCUUGGUCAGGCGAAGCCCACGACGUUGACAUGCCGGAGAUCCGCCUCCGCCAUGUGGUAUCCUGCAGUAGCCAGGACUCGACCUACUGUGCAGAAAACCUUCUCAAGGCAGACACUUACCGAAAGUGGCGCGCGGCCAAGGCGGGCGAGAAGACCAUCUCUGUGGUGCUCCAGUUAGAGAAGGAAGAGCAGAUACACAGCGUGGACAUCGGGAACGACGGCUCGGCCUUCGUGGAGGUGCUGGUGGGCAGCUCAGCUGGAGGGGCCGGAGAGCAGGACUACGAGGUCCUUCUGGUCACUUCGUCUUUCAUGUCCCCUUCCGAGAGUCGCAGUGGCUCAAAUUCCAACCGCGUUCGCAUCUUUGGGCCCGACAAAUUGGUCCGGGCAGCAGCAGAGAAGCGCUGGGACCGCGUCAAAAUUGUCUGCAGCCAGCCCUACAGCAAGGAUGCCCCCUAUGGCCUGAGUUUUGUAAGGUUUCACAGCCCCCCAGACAAAGAGGAGGCCGAGGCCUCAUCCCAGAAAGUGACCAAGCUCGGCCAGUUCCGCGUGAAGGAGGAGGAUGAGAGCGCCAGUUCCCUGAGACCCGGGGCUCUCUUCUUCAGCCGGAUCAACAAGACCCCUCCAGUCGCAGCCAGUGACCCAGCAGGACCCAGCUAUGCAGCUGCUACACUGCAGGCCUCCAGUGCCGCCUCCUCUGCCUCUCCGGCCUCCAAGACAGUAGGCAGCACCUCCAAGGAGUCCCCCAGAGGCAAGAGGAAGCUGGAUUUGAGCCACGAAGAAAAGAAGACCCCCAGCAAACCAUCCGCCCAGCCCUCACCACCCGCCCUCAAGAGAACCAAAUUGUCAGCUCCCACCCCUACCCCAGCCACUGCCCCUGUCCCUGCCGCAGCACGGGGGGCGGCGCCAGGGAAGCCCCGAGGAGAAGGUGCCGAGCCCAGGGCCCCCCGCGCCGGCCCGCAGGAGCUGGCGAAGAUCCUCCAGGGUGUGGUGGUGGUGCUGAGCGGCUUCCAGAACCCCUUCCGCUCGGAGCUCCGGGACAAGGCCCUGGAGCUGGGGGCCAAGUAUCGGCCAGACUGGACUCCAGACAGCACCCACCUCAUCUGCGCCUUUGCCAACACCCCCAAGUACAGCCAGGUCCUAGGCCUCGGAGGCCGAAUCGUGCGGAAAGAGUGGGUGCUGGACUGUCACCGCAUGCGGCGGCGGCUGCCCUCUCGGAGGUACCUCAUGGCUGGGCCAGACUCGAGCAGCGAGGACGAGGGGGGCUCUCAUGGCGGCAGCAGUGGGGAUGAAGCCCCCAAGCCUCCCGGAAAGCGCCUCCAGACCAAAGCCAAGCCCUCUCAGGCAGCAGGACCUAGCUCACCGCAGAGACCCCCAACCCCAGAAGAGACCAAACCACCCUCACCAGGGCCCCAGGAAGAUACUGACACCAAGGGGGAGCAGUCAGAAGGACAGGACAAUGGGGCAGAAGAUUCUGGGGACACCGAGGACGAGCUGAGAAGGGUGGCUGAGCAGAAGGAACAAAGGCCGCCCUCUGGCGAGGAGAAUGGCAAGGACCCGUACGCAGGAUCCACGGAUGAGAACACGGACAAUGAAGGUCCCCCGGAGUCUCCCAAUCUGCCGAUUCCCGAGCUCCCAGACUUUUUCCAGGGCAAACACUUCUUCCUGUACGGGGAGUUCCCGGGGGAUGAGCGGCGGACGCUCAGCCGUUACGUCACAGCCUUCAACGGGGAGCUUGAGGACUAUAUGAGCGACCGGGUCCAGUUUGUGAUCACGGCACAGGAGUGGGACCCCAGCUUUGAGGAGGCCCUGAUGGACAACCCCUCCCUGGUGUUCGUCCGGCCCCGGUGGAUCUACAGUUGCAACGAGAAGCAGAAGUUGCUUCCCCACCAGCUCUACGGGGUGGUGCCCCAGGCAUGAAGUACGUGCUCUCACACACGAGUUUAUUAAUAAAGGUGACGUGGUCUGGA